AUGGUCGCUGAAAAUUCAGUAGUUCCUGUUGAUAGUCAAGCUCCACCACGUUUAAUUCCAUCAACUCGUUUUACAUUAGCAUUACUGGUCUUUUUUGCUUUUGUUGUUCAAUAUGCUCAACGUGUGAAUCUACCAAUAGGUAUUGUAUGCAUGGUUAAUCGCACAAGAUCAAUUCAUCAUAAUACAUCCAUGCAUGUAACAACAGAAUUACCAAAUGAUAUAUCGACAGAUUAUCUUAAUUUAUCAACAACAACAAAAAAACCGACUCGUGUUCAUCAAAUAAAAGGAGGCUUUUUCAAUGAAAAACAAUUUCAUUGGCCUGAAUUAGAACAACAACUUCUUCUUGGUGGAUAUUGGACUGGUUAUAUAUUCACACAAAUACCAGGUGGAUGGUUAGCAACCAGUAUAGGUGCAAAAUGGGUUUAUGCCAGUUCUCUAGGAAUCAGUUCAUUAGCUACUUUAGCAUUAACAUGGAUGUAUACAAUGUCCAAUACACAGUUUUAUCUAAUACUUAUACUUCGAUUUAUUACUGGUCUUGCACAUGGUGUACUAUUUCCAGCAACAAUUGCUCUUUGGUCUGUAUGGGCUGUUCCACAAGAACGAAGUACACUUGCAUCAAUUGGAUUUUGCGGUACACAACUUGGAACAUCUUUAACAAUGCUUAUUGGUGGAUUAUUUUGUCGUUAUUUAUAUGCCGGAUGGAUGUAUCUUUUUUUUAUCACGAGUAUUCUUGGUUUUAUAUGGUUGGCAUUGUGGACUACGUUAACAGCAAAUGCACCCCAUCAACAUAAAAAAAUUAGUGAUCGUGAACGAGAUUAUAUAAGUAAUUUAACCGGUAGUGGUGAUCAGAAGCGUACAAUGUCAUUAGCAACAAUACCAUGGAAGAAUAUUGUAAAAUCAAAACCAUUAGUUGCCUUAAUCUUAACACAGAAUGCGAAUUUGUUUGGCUUAUUUUUCUUUUUAACAAAUCUUGGUAAAAUUUCAAAUGAACUUUUACGUAUUGCACCAGAAAAUACUGGUUAUAUAUUAUCUUUUGGAUUUUUUUUAACAUUAUUAAGUAGUUUAUUAUCAGGCAUUGCAGUUGAUCAUGUCGUUGGAAAAAAUGUUGUAACAUUAACAACUGCAAGAAAAAUAUCUAAUUCUUUAACAUCAUUUAUACCUGUUUUCUGUAUGAUGUUACUUUAUUUUUCUGACAGCACAGCACAAGGACUAGGCAUUUUUUCCAUUCUCUUGUUUCUUGCUGCCUCUGGUCUGGGUUAUGGUAGUGGUUAUGUAGUCAAUUUUGCGGAUAUUGUUCCAGCUUAUUCGGGUGUUAUAUUUGGUAUUUCUAAUACAUUUGCAUCAUUAUAUGGUGUAAUUGGAAACCUAGUCGCAGGAAUAAUUGUUAAGGAACCAGUUUUAGAACAAUGGAGAAAAUUAUACAUCAUGUUUGGUGUUGUUUAUUUCUUUGGUGGUGUUAUUUAUCUUUUAUAUGGUUCAGCUGUACCAAGAAAAUGGGCCAAAUUUCAAGCUGUGAACAAUGAUACUAAGCCAGAGAAAAAAAUUGAAGAUGAAAUGGCAAUGUCAAUGAAUGGAAAAGCUUAA